GUGAAGCGCGUGCGUGUUCUGGUUAAACAUGGCGAGUGUGUGCGCGCGUGUAGCGAGUCGCUCUAUUUUAACGGCUUCUUCUCUCUUAAGAAGGACGCCGCGUCACCUCUGCACGGCGGCUCAGCAGAAGAGCUCGGGGGGACCAGACGAGGAAAAUGGAGCCCAAAAACCAGAGCAGAGUGCAUCGGAGAAAGCUUUAGCCGAGGAGAAAGUUCAGCUGGAGGAGCAGAUAAAGGAACUGACGGAUAAAUACAAGCGGGCGCUGGCCGACACGGAGAACCUGAGACAGAGGAGCCAAAAGAUGGUAGAAGAUGCCAAGCUGUAUGGAAUCCAAGGCUUUUGCAAGGACCUGCUAGAGGUGGCGGACAUCCUGGAGAAGGCCACAGAGAGCGUCCCGAAAGAGCAAGUGACCUCGGAGAACCCUCACCUGAAGAAUCUCUACGAUGGAUUGGUGAUGACCCGGGUUCAGUUCCAGAAGGUCUUUACUAAACACGGCCUGGUGAAGCUGGACCCGGAGGGGCUGAAAUUCGACCCGUACGAGCAUGAGGCGCUGUUUCAUCUGCCCAUCCCGGGGAAGGAGCCCGGCACCGUCGCCACCGUCACCAAAGUGGGUUACAAGCUGCACGGCCGCACCCUUCGACCUGCCCUGGUGGGCGUGGCCAAAGCCCCUUAACUAGUAUGGUCCGGCUUAAGCUCGAGACUGAUCAAUGUUUCUUACAGUAUGAACUAGUGGACUGAUUAAUCGUGAACUUGUUUAUGAAUAAUAAUAAACUGUUUAUCAUCACCAGUAAAUAUCUUUUAGAAUUGAAGUAAUUGAAGGUGAGAAAUGCACAGGUCGUGCUUCUGUCCAGCCAGGCCGUGCAGGAGACGUCCAGAUUUCCACAAAUGCAUUGAGUAACAAAAGGGUCCAUAAAAAUGAUGUGAAAUCUGCUUUGCCCAUUUUUUUCUUCUCAGUUGGUGAUGAAGUUCUAUGCUCUGUCACUAGAUGGCAGCAGUGACUCAAAUAACUGUUAAAACAACAAUACUACUGGCUGUCCUGUUCAAAUCAGAGCCGUAGAUAGAGAGAGUUGCGACACUCCUUGAUCUCGCCGCUACGCGGUCACGUGGUUCAUGUAUCCUCCAAUAGUUCCAAACAAACCCGGCGCUGUCAUGUUAUCAUAUGGGACAGGCAGCAGUAACUGACAUAUUAAACGGUAAAUAAUAAAAUAUUGUACAGUU